AUGGCCCGCUCUCGACGACAGGCUAGGUCAGAGUCGUAUAACGAUAAUCCACGGACUAGAGAAGAUAGCUCCAACGACAGUAGCGACGAGUACUCUAAGGAUAAUAACUCGCUUCGCAACCUAAUCAUACACUACGCCGAUACUCGUAUAUUUCUAAAGUACUACCUCGACCGACGGAUUAACAAGAACCUUCCUACUAUUAUCCGAGGCCUAGAUCCAGAUAAUAAUAUCAUAUAUAUAGCUUAUCGAAUAAGCCGGACUAUUAACCCCGACCGCCUAUAA